ACAAUACCAGGCGAAGUAGCUCCUUCUCGGCCAGAGCUUGUGGUUUUAAUCAAAGGAAAGGGGAAGAAGAAUGCAGAGGAUGUAAGAUGGCAGAGCUACAAAUGCUGUUAGAGGAGGAAAUUCCAGCGGGUAAAAGAGCCCUCAUCGAGAGCUACCAGAAUCUCACUAGGGUAGCAGACUACUGUGAAAACAAUUAUAUCCAGGCACAAGACAAGCGGAAAGCCCUGGAGGAGACCAAAGCGUAUACAACCCAGUCUCUUGCUAGCGUUGCUUACCAGAUCAAUGCCUUAGCCAACAAUGUGCUGCAACUGCUGGACAUCCAGGCGUCCCAGCUGCGGAGAAUGGAAUCUUCCAUCAACCAUAUCUCCGAGACUGUGGACAUACACAAAGAGAAGGUAGCCCGGCGAGAAAUAGGCAUUCUGACUACUAACAAGAACACGGCGAGAACCCAUAAAAUCAUCGCGCCGGCCAACAUGGAGAGGCCAGUGAGGUAUAUUCGGAAACCCAUAGAUUACACAGUGCUGGAUGAUGUGGGCCAUGGAGUGAAGUGGCUAAAAGCCAAGCACGGCAGUAACCAGCCUGUCCGGGGAGGCACGCUGUCAAGGACCAAUCCACCCACACAGAAGCCACCCAGUCCUCCGAUGUCAGGACGGGGGACUCUUGGACGAAAUACUCCUUACAAAACCCUGGAGCCUGUGAAGCCUCCUGUGGUUCCCAAUGACUACAUGACAAGCCCGGCCAGGCUAGGCAGCCAGCACAGCCCCGGAAGAACGGCAUCCCUCAAUCAAAGACCAAGAACUCACAGUGGCAGCAGUGGUGGAAGCGGGAGCAGAGAGAACAGUGGCAGCAGCAGUAUUGGCAUUCCCAUCGCCGUGCCUACACCCUCACCACCAAUACUGGGACCAGUAACACCAAUGCUUGCUCACCCUGGAGCCCCCCCUCCAGCACCUCCACUCCCAGGUGUGGCUACGAUAGCGUCGGGUCCGGUCUCUGGUCCUGGUCCACUUCCUGGCUCUCAGUUUGGAACAAUAACCCGGCAGAUCUCUCGGCACAAUUCCACCACCUCUUCCGUUUCCUCCGGGGGCUACAGACGAACCCCUUCCAUCACAUCUCAGUUUUCUGUGCAGCCUCACGUUAACGGCGUCCCCCUUUACCCUCCCAGCUCAAUGUCUAUUGCCCCUCCUCCUCCUCCUAUGCCUCAGCUGACUCCACAGAUACCUCUCACAGGCUUUGUUGCCAGAGUGCAAGAAAACAUUGCGGACAGCCCCACCCCUCCUCCUCCGCCCCCCCCAGAUGACAUGCCCAUAUUUGAUGAGUCCCCGCCUCCUCCACCCCCCCCACCGGCUGACUACGAGGACGAGGAGGCUGCUGUGGUGCAGUACAGUGAUCCCUAUGCUGACGGAGACCCAGCCUGGGCACCCAAGAGCUAUAUUGAGAAAGUUGUUGCAAUUUAUGACUACUCAAAGGACAAGGAGGAUGAGCUGUCUUUCAAUGAAGGUGCAAUUAUUUACAUCAUCAAGAAGAAUGAUGAUGGCUGGUAUGAAGGCAACUGCAACGGAGUCACUGGCUUGUUCCCUGGGAAUUAUGUUGAGUCAAUCAUGCACUAUGCAGAUUGAGAGAUGCUUCUCUAGUGGGGACCCUAUUUAUUCACUCAUAUCUGGACAAAGUUCAUUGACCUAAAACGCAUAGAUAAGUGCAUUAGGAUGUGACAGAAUGUUCCUUUUUCUUUUUAAAUUGCAAAUACAAAUUCUAUUUACUGGAUUACUUUUUGGAUUGGACAGGGGUGUUUGGGGAGAAUAAGGUAUGCUAAGGUGCAACAUGAUAUGAUUUGAAUGUUGAUAACAUGCUUAUUUACAAUGUGUUUAAUGGUCAAUAGGCAGGUGUUGUCAUAUUACUACUUGGCUGUACAUAAUAUGAGCAGCUGUCUCUUAGGUUGUCAGUAAUGGGUGUUACUUUCUGAGUGUCUUUCACAAUGUCUUGACCAGCCUAUCCCAUGAGUGUAUAUGUAGAGGUAUAUUUUAUAAAUCAGGUUUUAAAUUGUGCCAUUCAUUUUUGUUUUUCUUCUCAAUUCAGCAUGGUAACUGACACUAAGCUAGACCAAUGCAUUUUUUAUGUUAUUAGAAUGCGAGUGGAAAUGCAGGUCAGAUUACCUUUUUAAAGCUAAUGGUCAUUCCUGAAUUGUACUUUUAAAUUUUCUUGAAGCAUGCGUACAGAUUAAGAAUUUAUGUAUUGUAACCUGUAUUUUUUUAUUUUUUUUUAUCCAUUAUGCUUCCAGUUUGUUGUAAUAUAUUUACAGUGAGCGCUUGCACUUGCUUCUUUUUUAAUUGUCUAAAGCAUUGUUGUGGACUUGUUGGUGGUCUUAUAUUCUAUGUGCUCCAGUUUGUAUUUCAGUAUUUGAUAUCAUUACAUUUGCAUAAUGAGUUUUACAUAUGCGGCUUCAUAGUAUGUAAUCAAGGCUUUGUUGGGGGAAAAAAAAAAAAAAAUUAUAUAUGGAAUAAUUUUUGCCCCACUAAUUCUGCUGCUAAUACUGACUUGGAAAUACUAACCAUUCAAAUUAGUUUUAAAACUUGGUUUCUAAAUCUAAAACCUUUACCCUGAAAAACAGGAACAAAUCCGAUGAAUUUUGAAAUGAUUGCAGUUUGUGCAGGCGUGCUCUGUGGGAUCUUUCUGGGUUUUAUCUGAGCUGUAUCAUGGAACUGUUUUGAUUUCACAAAUUUAAAUUUAAAUACUACUGUGCUGCAACGAGCAUUCCAUAAACCAGAACAGUCUAAUUAAUGGACCAGAAUUAAAGUACUUUGAUUUUACACCUGUGUGCUGCCCCUCCCAUCU